CCUUAGCCAUAUUUUGCUUCUCCCGCCAUGGAAGCGCAACCAGUGCCUCUUCAAUUCCCGACACCCGCACAAUUUGAACCCAACCUCCAUAAAAUCAAACAAAGGCUUCUUAAAAAUGGAGUCUUCCCCACCCCCAAAAUCCUCAGAACUCUUUACAAAAAAGAACUUCAAAAACAUAAACGCAAACAAGCCAAAAUCCAAUCCCAAUCCCUAACCCCACCACUCACACAGUCCCAACAACAAGCCCUGGCGGAAGAACAACACUUCCAUGCUAUCAAACGCGAGUACAAGCACUUCACCAGAUCCCUAGCUGCAAAAACCGGGGACCCACAUAUAGGAAAGCCCUGGGAGAGAAUUGAGAGGCUCAGGUUCAGAGAGCUCGCCUCGGAAAGCAAAGAGUUUGUUGGGCAUAACUUGAAAAAAGAGAAUUUGAGAGAAUUGAAGGAAAUGUUUGAGAAAGAUUUGAAAUGGGUUCUUGAUAACGACAUUGAAGUGGAACCAGAGAGUGAAACUCGAAUGUGGAACCCGGAAAAACGGUGGCGUAAUGAGGCUGAGGCUAUUCGAAUUCUUGUUGACAGGUUGAGCGAAAGAGAAAUUACUUUGAAGAAUUGGAAGUUUGUGAGGAUAAUGAAGCAGUCAGGAUUGUUGUUUACAGAGGGCCAGUUGCUGAAGAUUGUACAGGGGCUUGGAGAUAAGGGAGGUUGGAGACAGGCCAUGUCUGUUGUUGAAUGGGUUUAUAAACGUAAGGAGAUGAAACAUUCAAAAAGCAGGUUUGUUUACACAAAACUUUUGGCAGUUCUUGGAAAGGCUAGGAGGCCACAGGAAACGCUUCGCACUUUCAAUCUGAUGCUUGAAGAUUGCAAUAUAUAUCCUGAUAUGGCUGCAUAUCAUAGUGCUGCAGUUACACUUGGUCAAGCUGGUUUUCUGAAAGAAUUGAUUAAAUUAAUUGAGUGCAUGAGGCUGAAUACUUCCAAACGAGUUAAAAGUAUGCGCCGCAAGAAUUGGGAUCCCAUCCGUGAACCUGAUAUAGUUGUAUAUAAUGCUGUAUUGAAUGCGUGUGUUCCUUCUCAUCAGUGGAAGGGUGUGUUUUGGGUCUUCAAGCAGUUGAGGAAGAGUGGUCUGAAACCUAAUGGAGCAACAUAUGGACUUGCUAUGGAGGUAAUGCUGCAAUCUGGAAAAUAUGACCUUGUACACGAGUUCUUUAGGAAAAUGAAGAAAAGUGGAGAAGGCCUAAGGGCACCUGCAUACAGAGUUCUUGUCAAAGCUUUUUGGGAGGAAGGUAAAAUUAAUGAAGCUGUGGAAGCAGUCAGGGAUAUGGAACAAAGGGGAGUUGUUGGAACUGCUAGCGUGUACUAUGAGCUUGCUUGCUGCCUUUGCAAUAGUGGGAGGUGGCAGGAGGCUAUGGUUGUGGUUGAGAAGAUGAAAAGAAUUCAUCAUAGAAAACCUCUAGAAAUUACCUUCACUGGCCUAAUAAUGUCUUCCUUGGAUGGAGGAUAUGUUGAUGACUGCAUAUCUAUAUAUAAACACAUGAAAGAGCAUUGUGAACCCAAUAUAGGGACUGUAAAUACCAUGCUUAAAGUUUAUGGCCAGAAUGAUAUGUUUUCUGAAGCUAAGGAGUUAUUUGAAGAGACUAUGAGAGCUGAUUCUGGUUGUUCCAUGCCUUCCGGGAGUAAUGAAACGUCCCUUAAACCCGACAGUUACACUUAUAUCUCAAUGCUUGAGGCAUCUGCUAGUGCACACCAAUGGGAAUACUUUGAAUAUGUGUACAAGGGAAUGGCUCUCUCUGGGUAUCAGUUAGAUCAAACUAAAAGUGCCUGGCUACUUGUUGAAGCAUCCAGAGCUGGGAAAUGCCAUCUCCUAGAUCAUGCUUUUGACACACUUUUGGAGGCCGGAGAAAUACCUCAUCAAAUGUUCUUCACUGAAAUGCUGAUUCAAGCUACUGCUCAAAGUAAUUAUGAGAAAGCUGUCACCCUUGUCAACACCAUGGCUCUUGCGCCAUUCCAGGUUGGUGAAAGACAGUGGACUGACCUUUUUGAGAAAAAUGGACACAGGAUUGAUCAGGAAACUUUAGAGAGAUUGUUGAAAGCACUCAGUAAUUGUGAUGUAGCAUCUGAAGUCACUGUCUCUAAUUUGUCAAGAUCAUUGCAUGCUCUUUGUGGAUCUGGCAAACAGAUACACUCAUCAAAUUCCACCUGUUGUGGUAGCCAUGCCACAGAUAUUUCACCAUCGGAUGGCAGCAAUAGCAGAUUUGAUUUCAACAGAACAGAAAAAGCACCAAGUUCAUCCAUAAGUAUGACGGUUGAAAGUGCCAACGCGGGUGCUGACCCUUUUGUUCACAGAACUGAGGACGCAGCUGAUAAAUGUACCAUUAACCACCACAGGAGGAACGGGGAGGAUGUUGAUACAGAUGUGGUGACAAAGUCACCUACCCUCAGUUGUAGCAACAACCAACUAUCUAGCGCAUGCAUUAGCCUGGACAGUUUUGCUGAUGAUGCAGCAUCCAGUGCAUACCUGGAUAACGAGCUAUCAAGUCUGUAUCUUAACAGGCAUUCCAUAGAAAAUGAUGAGAGGGAACGUGAAAUGCCAAGAAAUAAAGUGGUUGAUGCUCAUGGUUCAAAGCUGCCUAAUGCAGAGGAAAUACUAGAAGCAUGGAAGGAGAGCUGAAAUAAAGAUGGUAUGUUCUUUCCCUUUGAACUUGGGCAGAAAGAGUGGGUGUGAAUCAGUUUCACUUCAUCUGGGUGAAUGGAACUGCAACCGUAAAUGACCAUCCCAAAGAUAUUGAUGAAAUAGCAUAAUUUAUGUCUGUACAAGAUACUUUCAUGUAUAUCAAUGGUCGAGGUUUGUUGAUGAACCA